GAAGCUUCACAACCGAUCUAUAACAUCUCAAAAGUCUAAUUUCAACUUUAUAACGCUCGGCAGACCGUCAAACAUAGCCAAUAUGUCAUCCAACAAGCUUAAAGAACGUAAGAAUCUCGAGCGAAUGGCUCAAGAAACUUCGGUUAACCGUCGUCGUACUAGUCUUCCAACUCGGAAGGACAGUGCCGGAGAGGAGAGCUUUGAUGAGAACAACCAGUCUGAAAAUGGGGAUGAUGAUGAAGGAGAAAGCUACUCGGGUUCCUCCUCUUCGUCAGAAGUGCGCUCAAAAUCAGACGCUACCGCCGUCGGUACUUUCAAACCCAUUGCGUCACAACGUCGAUACAUCCCCGACCUCGAUAGUCUGCCAAAGGGCGGAGUUUGGAUCUCCCCUGCUCCUCCUAAGCACACUGAGUUCAAGCAGGUCGUUGUACGCACUACCAAGUGCGACAUUUGCAACCAAAAAGUUGAGGCCCAGGACAAAGAUACAGACGGCAAGGUAAUGCAAAGAUGCUGUUGCUGCAAUAUACAGUUUUGUCAGGAUUGUGUGCUUAAAGUAUCGGACGAUGAGAUACACUUUCCUGUUCUCGCAGAGUUGGAGUGGGAGGCCAAAACAAAGGUUAAUGCUAUAACUCGACCCCUAAAUGGCUUCAAGAGCCAUAUGUUUCACAAGCCUCGAUCUGAACCAAAGCCAGUCAGACCCAUGACGGCAUCUGAGCGACUAGCUAGCUCGCGGACUAUCGCUGCAGGCAAAUUCAGUAACAUGGCUAUUAACACCCCUACCCCCUCACGUCCAUCGCGGGGCAAACCCAGCAAGGCUGCUGCAAAAAAGUCCAAGAAACGCGAACUUCCUCCCGGUUGCACAGCUGAAGAGGUCGAUAUCCACUAUGAGGUUGACUGGAACUGGAUCAAGCAACUUCCUGUAGCGGAUCAGCGUAAGGAGAAGAAGGAGGCCGCUCAACGCAACCUCAUGAGAAAGCGUACCCUUGAGGCGAUGGAAGAUGGCGAGGCAGAUGAGGCUGGAGUCGAGGAAUCCUCUCAGAAGGUUCGAACUCCCCUUCCUAAUGCACCCAAGCGUCGUAAAGUUGCAACUCGCACACCUGCAACUCGCCGUGGCAAGGAAAAAUCCACCAAAAAUGUCGUCGUUACUAGUGAUAGCGAAACUCUACGCAUUCAGCCACCACUCAAUACUCUUGAUAGCCUAUCUCAGGCCCGUGAGGCUACCAGAGAGAAUCGUCAGGGUAUGAGCGAGCGAUCUGAUGACAACGAGCGUGGCACGACCCCCAGCCACGACGACUAUGACAACGAAGAUUGCAUUCGAGUAGAAGCCAAUGAGGCCGAGGAAGAUGAGUAUGAGCCUGAAGACGACUGAGCUUGACUUUACGACACAUUCUCUUGCUUUUCGACUGAUGUUUUUGUUCAGCUCCUUCGAAUAUGACUAGUCGGCUUCUCUUUGCGUUGGCGAUUGCGUUCAGGCAUAUCUCAGUCACUCAAAAAGGUUCUGCAACUACAAAGCUUCCAGAAUCCCACCGGCCUCUUGAGAUACCCUACAUUGCUCGCAUGCUUCCGAUUUAGUCCUUCCUUCCACUCAAUUCUGCUGCUUUCUUCCGAGAAAGCUAUGUAAUGUGACGGAACGGACGGAUCAUAACUUUUUCAUUUGUUCUUUCUACUUUUCAAAAUUACCCACAUUUUUCCUAUCUUGAUUGCUUUGGCCUGGAUAUGCACCCCAGCGUCGCCCUUAGGGGCACUGUACAUCAUCAAAGAUAGUUGCAGCAUAAAUACAACUGGGAGGAUCAUAUUCUAAUGAGGUCAGAGAGUAGAAUGCGUGGUGCUUUAAUAAUACCAGUGCUGCUCAAUGAGAAUAUUUUCUCCAUGUAUUCUCUCUAGACAACUUUCAGAAGAUAUAAAUCUCAUUUGACACGAAUUAAAUCUGCCUUCUAUGUGACUGUUGCGAUGGAUACCUGUAGAUGUAGCUGGAAUCCGGCCCAAAGAACUUUGAGUCCAAUCAUAUCUUAGUUUUUCAUCAUGCCGGUUUUGAGAGAGAAUUGAAGCUAGGUGGAUUAGCUCUAUGUCGAUGGGAAAGCACUAAAAGAGGCUUGACGCUUCCUCUGGGAGGAUUCUAUAUCAGACGCUUCUAACCACAGGAUAGCUAGAUGUAAGGGGAGAAGUUACUAGGGCAAUCAUUUUCUUUUCUGUUCACCA